CAGGGUCAAGUUGACCCUUUUUGUAGUCCCCCCUCUGUUUGUCACUCAGUUUUGACUUUAAAUGUUCACUAAUUUUGCUCCCAUGCUGCACGAGCUUUCUUUUCACAACACUGGGACUUUUCUGGUAUUCCUUGUGAUAGGCAGCUUCCUUGUCCAUUUGUUCAAGUGACCGCACUGCUCGACUUGAUAGUUCAACACCAGAGUUUUGGCACUUGUCGAUUGCUGAUGUCCCGGGGCCAUUGUUGAGCCUAUGAAUAGUCGAUGAAGCCCUCCCGAUCAUAUUUCUUGAAAAGUUCACGUUCUUUGGCAAAGAAAUACUCAUUGAUCGGUUCACGGCUUCACAUUUCUGUGUGUCUGUGUACAGUUUCAUUUGUUCGACAACUUCGACACUCAGCUUCAUCUUGAGAAUUUCAUUCAUCAAGUGUUUAUCAUUGUCAUCCAUAUUGAAAUGAGUGAUUUUGUUGCAGCCGAGGAACAUGGACCGCUGCCACCAGCUGUUUGUUACACCGCCUCGACACACAACAGAGUACCGGGCACACCUGGAGCAGUCGCCGCUGUAGCACUUAAGGGUUGCUUCGAGCACUCUAGGUCUUGCAUGCUGGCCGCAGUAGGCCGCAAGAGCCUCACAGAGGUAGAGAUGCCCUCACAGUCAGGUGUCCACAGCCCAGUGCCAUCCAGCCUAGACUUGGUAACCAGUGAGAAGUCUUCAGCACUCAUCCUAGUGACAGUCCUGGGUAUCUGGGGUGGAGAGUCACUUUCUGUCUCUUCAGACUCAAGGGUGAGACCUUUGUUCCAGGGAGUGUGGCCCUUGCUGAACUGUGACUUGAUUCUCUUGCGAUCGCCUUUCAUCGUGAUUGUCUCGGACAGAACUAAUGAGCUCUGAGCACAAGAUGUACCUAUAAACCCCAUCACUGUGUAAUGUCAAUGGCAAUGACAAGCGUGUAAAUGUAUUAGAAACUCUCGAGACAUACAUAUGUCU